AUGUAUAUUACAAAAUCUAAUCGUGAAUUAACAAAUAAUACUGUUUCAAAUUUUGUUAAUUUUGUACCAAGAAUAAAUGAAAAUUCAUUUUUUAAAUAUAAUUAUCUUAAUGAUAGUAUGGAAUAUAAUAAUAAUAAUAAUAAUAAUACAAGUUAUUCUGGUAUUGAUUCACAACAAUUUGCAAUAGUUUUUCAACAAUUCAUGUCAGAUAUGGCUGGUAAUGGAACAAUAUAUAAAAUUCCAUUAAAUUUCGAUACAUUGGAUUCACCACCGUCUGUUAUGCCGACACCCAUGUUUUCAUUUGAAACACUUUUACCAUCAUCAACAAGUAAUACAGAUUCUUAUCAUAUUCUUUCAUUUUUAUCACUUUGGGUUGUUUUAAUUGUUAAUCCUAUUGUGAUUUUAUUUGGUGUUACUGGUAAUCUUCUUGCAACAUUUAUUUUAAUAUAUUGUAAUAUUGCUAAGUUACCUGUUUCAUUUUAUACAAUUAUGCUCAAUAUAUCGGAUACAUUAAAUUUAUUAAUACCAGUAUUUAUUUUUUGGCUUGACAAUUGUAUGAAUCGAUUAUCUGAACGAGGUUAUUUUCGUGAUAGAUCAAAUUUUCUUUGUAAAGCAUUAAUGUGUCCUGAUCAAUUAUUUGCAUCAUUAAGUGCAUGGUAUAUGUGUGCAAUAUCAUUUAACCGUUGGUAUUCUGUAUGUCGUCCAUCAUCAUAUUUUUUUCGUACAAUAACAACAACAACAACAUCGGCAACCAAUAAUACAAAUAAUGUUAAUCGUAAACACAAAAAACAUUCAUCUAGUUCAUCAACCACACAAUCCAAUUCAUUAUUUAUACCAUUUUGUUUUCCUAUUAAUUGUUGUUCAUGUUUAACACGCAAUAUUAAAUUUCAACAACAUUUAAAAGCAUUUCGCAGUAUUGCUUUUAUAACUUUAACGGGGAUAUUAUGUUGCUUUUCUCCAAUAUUUAUGCAUGAACUUCGACCUUUUAUUUCAACAAAUAAACCUAUUUUUGAUUUAAGUCGUAAAAUGUCUAAUCUACAUCCUGUUGUUUGGAAACGUUGCCUUUAUAGUCAAAAACACGAAUAUGCUUAUGAUGCUAUUGGCAUUAUAUUAUCAUGUUUUUUACAUAUAUUACCAUUAACAUUUGUUGCUGCUAUGAAUAUCAUGAUUAUAAUACAAUUAAAACAACGACAACAUCGUAUGACAAUGGCAACAAAUUUAUUACAAUCUCCAACAGCAUCUAAAAAAACAAAAUCAAUAAAUAAUUCACAAAAAAAAGUUUCCCUCUCAUUAAAUUCAUCAACAUCAAAAAAAAGAAAUAAUCAUACAAGAAAAAGUCAAACUGGUUCACAACCAACAUUAAUAACAACUCGAAAGGAUCAAUCAACAUCAACUGAUUUAUCAAUUCAAACAACGCAUGCAUCAAAUCAACCAUCAACGAAAUCAAAUACUACAAGAACAGCAAGAAGACAUCACUCAAGAGAUCGAACAAUUACAAUCAUGCUUGUUAGUGUAGCAUUAUCAUAUUUAGUGUUGACUCUCCCUUAUCGUUUAUUUUGGUCAUAUUUCGUUUAUAUAAGACGUGUUUAUCCGGCUAAAUUAAGUUCACCUGUAUAUUUAUUAAAAAUGCAUUAUAUUGAUCAUUUACUUCGCACCAUACGUAAUAUACAUUAUGGUACAAAUUUUGUUUUUUUUAUCUUUCUUUCAAAAACUUUUCGCCGUAAAUUUCGACAAAUAUUUAUUGAAAGAUUUUUUCGAGCAACAAAUCGUUUAUUUCAUCGAAAUUCUACAAUAAUAAAUACGAAUUAUGUAAUUUAUUCUAAAAAUAAUCGUCAACAAUCAAUGAAUUUUAAAUUAGAAAAAAAACAAAAUACGAAUACAAUAACUAUGGAUCCUGUUCUUGGAGUAGAAUCAUUAUCAAGAAGUAUAUUUGAUGAAACACCUAGUCUUAUUGGUGAUGUUCGCAUACAAGAAGAUGAAAUAGUUCCCAUUAUAGAACUUGAACAUAAUAAUCUGUCACGAUAG